GCCGGCGCACGAGCGCUCGCACGGCCACCCGCGUCCAGAGCCCCGGUCCGCGGCUCGGCGUCUGGGGUCUGCGGGCGCGGUGAGCAGGAGACGGCGCAAAGCGGGCAGAGGAGCCGGGAGCCCUGGACGCCGAGCGCCUGGCGCCAGUCAAGCUGCUGCGCGCACGGGCGCCCGGCUAGGUCGGGGACAGCCACUGGGUGCCGGCGACGGGAGCUAACGGACUGCCGCGGAAAAGCAAAGAUGUCACAGUGGAUCCUUGGCCUCCAGGGCCCGUUAAGGUGAGAAUAAGAUCUAGGGCUGGUUGGAACUAGCCUAAGACUGAAAAGCAGUCACAGAUAUGGCAUAUGAGCUAUUCAAUGGGAGCCAGGCAUGGCCGUCUUCUCCAUUUGACCUCAAUGGCUCAGUGGUGGCAGCCAACAGCUCAAACCAGACAGAGCCAUACUAUGACCUGACAAGCAAUGCAGUCCUCACAUUCAUCUAUUUUGUGGUCUGCAUCAUUGGGUUGUGUGGCAACACACUUGUCAUUUAUGUCAUCCUCCGCUAUGCCAAGAUGAAGACCAUCACCAACAUUUACAUCCUCAACCUGGCCAUCGCAGAUGAGCUCUUCAUGCUUGGUCUGCCCUUCUUGGCCAUGCAGGUGGCUCUGGUCCACUGGCCCUUUGGCAAGGCCAUUUGCCGGGUGGUCAUGACUGUGGAUGGCAUCAAUCAGUUCACGAGCAUUUUCUGCUUGACAGUCAUGAGCAUCGACCGAUACUUGGCUGUGGUCCACCCCAUCAAGUCAGCCAAGUGGAGGAGACCCCGGACGGCCAAGAUGAUCAAUGUGGCUGUGUGGGGAGUCUCUCUGCUGGUCAUCCUGCCAAUCAUGAUCUAUGCUGGGCUUCGGAGCAACCAGUCAGGGAGAAGCAGCUGCACCAUAAACUGGCCAGGUGAAUCUGGGGCAUGGUACACGGGGUUCAUUAUCUACACCUUCAUCCUGGGGUUCCUGGUACCCCUCACCAUCAUUUGUCUUUGCUACCUGUUCAUUAUCAUCAAGGUGAAGUCCUCUGGAAUCCGAGUGGGUUCCUCCAAGAGGAAAAGGUCUGAGAAGAAGGUCACCCGAAUGGUGUCCAUAGUGGUGGCUGUCUUCAUUUUCUGCUGGCUCCCUUUCUACAUAUUCAAUGUUUCUUCCGUCUCUGUGGUCAUUAAUCCCACCCCAGCCCUUAAAGGCAUGUUUGACUUUGUGGUGGUCCUUACCUAUGCUAACAGCUGUGCCAACCCCAUCCUAUAUGCCUUCUUAUCUGACAACUUCAAGAAGAGCUUCCAGAAUGUCCUCUGCUUGGUCAAGGUGAGCGGCACAGAUGAUGGGGAAAGGAGUGACAGCAAGCAGGACAAAGCCCGGCUGAAUGAGACCACGGAGACCCAAAGGACCCUCCUCAAUGGAGACCUGCAAACCAGUAUCUGAACUGCCUGGGCAGGGGGGAAAAACCAACCAGAAGCCAAGCUCUGCCUACUGGCAGUGGGCUCCCUACCUGCAACCCCUUCCUUCCUCCCACCCAUCACACCUGGCAUCUAGGAUAGGGAUUGCUCAGCAUGAUAUCAAUUCAGAGAACCGUGUUUGAGUUGCUUGUCUGACUGAAUGAUAAUGUAUUAAAUUGAUUACCUUCCCCUUAAAGUGAACAUUUAACUGCAGACAGACAAUAGACAAUUCAAAAUCUGGAGAAGAGAAGAUCAUGCCUGGGGGUAUGAUCUUUAGAAAUGCUGAAAUUCAACAAAAAUAGAAGAAAGUAUCGGUGUGUUUGUGUGUUUAAAACCCAAUGUAUUAUCCUGUGAUCUUAUAUUUAUACUUGUAAAUUCCUAUCUAGCCUGUGUAGAGUCAUUACCUACAUUUCAUACACAAGUAGCAAAUUCAAGUGUGCAUAGUACAGGUGGACGUUUACUGCAAUAUAGUACCCACAGAAAUAGACUUACCAUGAAGCCAAUAAAGUGUAAGCUUCAGGGAUCUCUCUUAUAUGGGCCUCUCCAAGGGCCAGGAGGAACCUGGGCAGUAUGUUCACAGUCAUAUGUUUUUGUAAAAAUAAGAUAUUUUUGUAUUUUUUUUUUCUUAAAGAGGGCACCCUAAAUUGCAUAAGCUUCCAGCCUCACAAAACCCGCCUCUACCCCUGGGUAUUUGCUUGGUUAAUUUCAGGCAAGUUAGGUCAAAGUAAGAAGGAAGAGGGAGAAGAUAUUUGAAGACCCAGAACAUAAAUUCAUGUGUUUCCUUUUCUCAGACAUAACAAAAGAAUUAUGCAUUUACCCAAAAGGACUUAAAUGGUUUUGGUCAUUGAUCAUUGUAUUUAUUCAAAGCCUGCUUUGUUAUAAGAUUGCAUUUUUUCCCUCUCAAA